GUUUUGUGAAGGCGCCAUCCAGCGGUGGUAAUCAUAAUUCGGCAUUGUUCGUUGCCGUGAUUUGUUUAGUCACAGUCGGAAGGCGUGCGCCAGCCGGCGGUCAGAGCCAUGGCCGAUUCGGACGACGAGUACGACCGGCGCCGGCGGGACAAGUUCCGCGGCGAGCGCACCGGCGACGCACGGCCGCGCCGGGACGACAUCUACGACAGGGAGUACGACCGCGGCCGGGCCGGCGGCGGCCAGAUGCGAAGCCGUGGCGACUACCGGAUUGACGCUUACCGUGGCCGAGAGCCGCGUGGGUACAGCCCCGGCCCGGACAUGUCGCCGCCGCCGCACAAACGCAUGCGCGCCGACUGGGGUGGUGGCGAGCGUCGUUUUCCGUCGGGCUACGGCGCCGGUGACGGGUACGGCGGCGGCGCCGGCCCGGGCCCCGGCGGACCGCCCUACGGUGGCGGGUACCCGGACGUGGAUGGGCCGACCCAGCCUCCUAUGAUGACGUUCAAGGCGUUCCUGGCGUCUCAGGACGACAUGAUCACGGACGACGAGGCCAUCAAGAAGUACACAGAGUACAAACUCGACUUCCGCCGACAGCAGCUGAAUGAGUUCUUCCUGGCGCACAAGGAGGAGGAAUGGUUUAAGGCCAAGUACCACCCAGAGGAGUGCGUCAAGCGGCAGGACGAGCAAGUGAGCAACCUGAAGCGGCGCGUGGACGUGUUCACCGAGCUUCUCAGCACGGCCGGCCAGGUGCGGCUGGACGGCGACCAGGCGGACGCGCUGCUCCGCUUCCUCGACUCGGUCGUCAUCAAGCUGGAGGGUGGCUCCGACUUUGACCUCACCGUGCUCGACCUUCCCGACGACGAGCCGGCUGAGCGGCGCGACGCCAAGCCGUUCGUCCUCGCUGACCAGAACAAGAGGAAGAAGGAGGACGAGGAGAAGAAGUCCGAGGACCUGUCCAAGCUGCCCAUGACUGAGGAGCAGCGCGAGCUCCAAGAGAAAGCCAAGGAGUUCCUGAAGAAGAAGGGAGAGGAGACUAAAAAGCGCAAGUACGAGUACAACAGCGGCAGCAGCUCUAGCUCCGGCUCGUCCGACAGCGACGAGCCGGACGAGCCGAGCGAGCCAGCGCCGCCGGGCGCUGAGAACGGCGCCAAGGCCGAGCCGGCGGCUGAGGCCGAUCCGGAACCGGAGCGGGAGCCGGUGCCGGAGCCUGACCCGGGGUCUGAGCCGGAGGCGGAGCCGGAGCCUUUGCCAGUGCCGGGGACGGAGACGGGGGCGGAGCCGGGGUCGGAGGCAAAACCGAAGCUUGACGCUGAACCGACCGCCGCGGAGCCGGCGCCCGCUGCCGACGGGGCCGAGAAGGCGCGCCGCGAGGAAGACGGCGAAAAGCCGACCGAUGAUAACGCCAAGGACAAGGUCAAGGAGGAGCCGCGGCCACGUCCGCUGCACAAGACCACCUCCAUCUUCCUGCGCAACCUGGCACCUACCAUCACCAAACAAGAGGUGGAGGCGAUGUGUCGUCGGUACCCGGGCUUCCUGCGCGCGGCCAUCGCCGACCCGCAGCCGGAGCGGCGCUGGUUCCGGCGCGGCUGGGUCACGUUCGAGCGGCAGGUCAACAUAAAGGAGAUCUGCUGGAACCUGAACAACAUCCGGCUGCGGGACUGUGAGCUGGGGGCCAUCGUGAACCGGGACCUGUCGCGACGCGUGCGCACGGUCAGCGGCGUCACGUCCCACAAGCAGGUGGUGCGCGCCGACAUCAAGCUAUCGGCGCGCAUCAUCCAGAACCUGGACUCGCGCUACCAGCUCUGGCCUGACCCGGACACCGAAGAAAAGGACAAACAGCCGUCGUACGGCGUGUCCAGCAAGAACCCUAUCCUGCGCAACAUCACCGACUACCUGAUCGAGGAGGCGUCGGCCGAAGAGGAGGAGCUGCUGGGCGUCAGCGCUUCCAGUCAGGAGGAGGCCGGUCCGGCCGGGCCCGACACGAUCGAGCGUGACGACGAGCUGAUCAAGGUCUUGGACCGUCUGCUGCUCUAUCUGCGCGUGGUUCAUUCAGUCGACUACUACAACCACUCGGAGUACCCCAACGAGGACGAGAUGCCGAACCGCUGCGGCAUCAUCCACGCCCGCGGCAUGCCCCCCAGCUCCAAGGUGACCAGCACCGAGGUGCAGGAUUACAUCUCGUCGUUUGAGAACAAGAUCGGCUCGUUCCUGCUGCCGCUGACGCGCUGGGUCGACGACGAGUGCCGGAAGAACGGCCUGAUUCUGAAGGAUCCUGAGGAUGAGGUCGAGAAGUUCGUGCAGGCCAACACUCAGGAGCUGGCCAAGGACAAGUGGCUCUGCCCGCUCAGUAACAAGAAGUUUAAGGGUCCCGACUUCGUGCGCAAACACAUCUUCAAUAAGCAUAAUGAAAAAGUGGAGGAAGUGAAGAAAGAGGUGGAGUUUUUCAACAACUACCUGCGCGACCCGAAGCGGCCGCAGCUGCCGGACCAUCCGUCGGCCAAGGCCGGCGGCGGGGCCGGGCCCAGCCGGAAGGAGGAGCCGCCGGCGCAGUUCCACGUGGGCCCGUACCCGCAGCCGGGGCCGCCGCCGCCGCACCACGGGUACGGCGGCUACGGCGGCUACCAGCGGCCCCCGAUGUAUGGCAGCUACCAGCCGCCGCCGCCGCGCGACCCGUACUACCGCGAGCCAUACCUGCCGCCGCGGGACGCCUACCCGCGCCCGCCGCGACCCUACGGACGCCGGGACCCGCGGAGGAUCGUCGACUACCAGGACCUGGACGCGCCGCCCGACGUUGACUUGUUGUAAUUCCCACAGCUGCUGCGGCCACGCACGUCAGGCCGCUGAGCAGCUAUCGGGACCUGGAUGCUCCGAAGGACAUGGACGAGUUCUAGCGCGUGGCGCUGUCUUCGGCACUUGUGAGAGCGCUUUUACUUUCGGACGUGGUGCGCUCGGAGCGGGGCUAAACUUGGAAGAAGAAAGUGGAGCAUCGAGAGCGAGAGUGCGAUGUAAAUGUGUUUGGACGGAUACUCUUGCGAGAUUUGCGCCAAUAAACGUCUACAGAACGGGA